AUGCUCAAAACGCUAGACAGGUACCAAAAGUGCAACUAUGGAGCACCCGAGACAAAUGUAUCCUCAAGAGAAGCUCUGGAAAUAAGCAGUCAGCAGGAGUAUUUAAAACUUAAGGCACGUUAUGAAACACUGCAACGAUCCCAAAGGAAUCUUCUCGGAGAGGAUCUUGGCCCUUUAAACAGCAAAGAGCUUGAAUCACUGGAGAGACAGCUCGAUAUUUCACUGAAGCAGAUCCGAUCAACGAGGACCCAAUACAUGCUGGACCAGCUCACAGAUCUUCAAAGAAAGGAACAUGCACUAACUGAAGCAAACACGGCUCUGAGACAAAGGCUAAUGGAAGGAAACCAAGUAUGUUCGCUUCAGUGGAAUCCUAGUGCACAAGAUGUAGAGUAUGGCCAACAACCAGCUCAAACCCAGGGUGAUGGCUUCUAUCAUCCAUUGGAGUGUGAACCCACAUUACAAAUUGGGUAA